AUGGAUAAUAUGCUCCCAACAGAAGACGAAUGGAUGCAAGUCCGCCGGAGGAAACAUCAACAACGGAGAGUGCCAAUGUCAGACGAGACAACCUUCUUCGUCACCAAUAUACCAAAUGGAGCUACAAAGACAGAAUUUAAGAAGAUAUUCUCAUCUUUUGGGAGGCUCUCUGAUGUAUUCUUCGUUGAUAAAAAAGGAAAAGAUAGAAAGAACUUCGGGUUCAUUCGAUACUUAGGUGUUGAAAGCGUGAAAGAGAUGGAGCCCAAGCUAAACGGUGUGAAAUGCAUAAAAAACAUUUUGGAGAUAAACUUGGAAAAACAUGGUAGAAAAGUUCCCUUACGGGGACACUUUCAAUCCAACCGGGCAUGGAAGAACCGAACUAAUUCUGUUCAGACUAUUCUGGGCAUUUCGAAGGCUCGUACAACCUUUCCCCAUCCGCCACCGCCACCUCCACCUCCAACACACAUCCUUCUGACAACUCUUCAGGUUGAUAAAGAUAUGGACGAAUGGAUUCAUAAAAGUACUCUCAUUGGUGAAGCACUAUCAUUGUCACAUCUGGGAUAUGCUUUAAUGUCAAUUCACAGCGACAUUGGUGUUGAGGUAAAAUAUGUUGGUGGCAUGCAAGCCAUACUCUGUUUCAAAAGCAUGGUGGAUGCCAAUAAAAUAAGAAUAAUUGACAGAAUUCCUUCAAAUGGUUGA